AUGGGGGAAUUUUUUGAUAACCCAGGUGCUUUUGAUAGAUGGGUUACAUUAUGGAAAUUAAAGGUACCACCUAAAUGGAGGACUUUUUUGCAGAGAGCUAUAUGUGACAUACUUCCCACCACUAAUAAUCUGAUUGUAAAGAGGGUGCAAGUGGAUCCUACAUGCCCAAUGUGUGGGCAGGCACAUGAGGAUGUUAUGCAUGCUUUGAUUCUAUGUGAUUAUUCUAAGAUGGUUUGGAAUAUUUCGGGAUUACAUGUCACGAAUAUCCUAACUAAUUUCUUCUCAUCAUGGCUCGUAGGCGUAUUGAAUAUUUUGACGGAGGAUCAGACAAGACUUGCAGUUGGCGUAUUAUAUUACUUGUGGAAAGCCCGAAACUCAGUUGUUUGGGAGAAGGCUCUUCCACGGUCUGGAUGGACAGUCACGGCGGCAGCAAGGGCCGAGAGAACAUACAUCGAAGUAAAUCGCAGUUUGCGUCAGGCUUCUUCCACGGUCACGCCAGUCGACGAGACGCAUCAUCGACCCAGGUGUUAUUUAGAUGCCGGCUACAAGCAACCCACGAGGGAAGCGACGUAUGGAGUUGUGCUUCUGAGUCACGAUGGGUCAUUUAUAGCAGCAAAAUCUGGCAACCUCCCAAGUGCAUUCUCACCUCUUAUGGCAGAGGCACUGGCUUGCAAGGAAGCCCUCUCGUGGCUUAAAGACCGAAAUAUAUUGACAUUUGUCCUUGUUACGGAUUGCAUGGAGCUACGAAACAUGUUACACUCAAGCCGCAUGGCUACUCUGUCCUACGUUGGAGUAAUUGUGGACCAGUGCAGGACAUCUAUGUCGUUAUUUACAUGCUUACAUCAGACUGCGAUUAAGGAGAAUCCAGCGGAAUUAGGGCAGCAGUUCGGAGAAGCUCGGAGAAGCACAGCCAUCCGCGACUACUUGGUGAGGAGAAUCAGAGAAGCACAGCCGUACGCAGUUCGGAGAAGCUCGGAGAAGCACAGCCAUCCCCGACUACUUGGUGAGGAGAAUCAGAGAAGCACAGCCGUACGCAGUUCGGAGAAGCUCGGAGAAGCACAGCCAUCCCCGACUACUUGGUGA